AUGAUUUUCUACGCUUUUCUCCUGUUGCCAUUGGUCUCCGGACAAUGGGGGGUACCCCAUCGCCAAUUGUUUGUUACAAAAGAUCAAUGUAUAGUCGAAUACAAAUCGAUAAUGGAUUGUGUUAGGACCUAUAAUGUGUACAGCUAUGUCGAUGAUAGUCCGCUGCUUCGAAAAUCAGAAAACCUUGAUCUAAUCGAUGACUCAAUGUCCUGGAUUGUUCUGGAUUUCUAUUGUGCAAUAGUUCCAGAAUUCGUCAAGCAUAUUUGUCCAAUCAACGUUGGAUUCUAGAAACCUAUAUUGGGAAGCUGUGGCCAUGUCUUGGAGAUAACGUUUUCCAUAUGAUGGUCCAAUCUUGUCUUGAAGAACUGCAAUACUUUGAUGCGGUUGAAUGUGUGGUAAAUCCUGCCGAAUAUCCAUGUUUGAUUGAGAAAAUGAAGAGUCAACCGACUUGUAAAAACAGUGAUGUAAAUCUAUUCAAACGUUUUAUAUUUGCAUUGCGCACCGGUUGUAUGAUGGGGGUAUCAAGCGAAAAUUGAAUUCGAAAACUAUGGAAUUGAUAUGAGAGCAUUACAUCCCCUUUCAGACAGUUAAAUGAAAACUAGAAUUAUUUCAUUUAAAUAAAUGUUUUCCUGUCAA